AUGGAGAAGCUUAAGGCUGAAGUUGAAGCUCAACAGAGGUCUCAACUGAAAGUGGGAGGACCAUCCGGGUUCACGAGCAGACACGAUGACAGGAGGAAACCAUACUCUAGGCCUCAGCCCCAGGGGCCCAGGAGGUUCUCACAUCAGCCCCAGCAGUCCCAGCCUUCUAGGCCACAGUGCUUCCACUGUAGGGGGCCCCAUCUGAGGAGUGCCUGCCCCCAGCUUUCUGACAGGAGGACAUGCCACAGAUGCGGCCAGGUGGGCCACUUCAUCAGGGAUUGCCCAGUUGACAGGAGCACAGUGCCGAGGCCUUCACCACAGCCUCAGUCACAGCCGUCGAGGGGAGGUACGAGACCACAGGCAGUGGGCAGAGUGUAUGCUGUGACGGGUGCAGAGGCAGCUGGAUCAGGUAACCUUAUCAUCGGGUCUUGUGUGAUAGCUGGUAGGAGCUUGCAUGUUCUGUUUGAUUCGGGGGCGACACAUUCUUUUGUGUCGAAAUCUAGAGUGGUGGAGCUGGGUCUUCCGAUGAAGGAGCUCCAGUAUGACCUGGUGGUGUCCACACCUGCUUCGGGGUUGGUCAGAACCUCGACCAUGUGUGCUAGGUGCAAGAUUGAGGUUGAGGGGCGCAAGUACAGGGUAAACCUCAUCUGUUUACCCUUGGUGGGGCUAGAUGUCAUCUUGGGGAUGGAUUGGCUAUCUGCCAAUCACAUUCUCAUUGACUGCAACGAAAGGAAAGUGUUGUUUCCUAGCUUAGAAGAUGAGGACCGGUUGGUGUCCUCACAGCAGGUGGACAAGGCCAUAAAGGAAGGGUCUCAAUGCUUCUUGAUUCUGACUCAGCUAUCCGUGGAGAAUGAGGCUGGACCCUUGGAGGCGCCUGUAGUGGGGGAUUUCUCAGAUGUGUUUCCUGAGGAAGUGCCUGGCCUACCCCCUACUAGGGAGAUAGAGUUCUCCAUUGACCUGGUGCCAGGAGCAGGGCCAGUGUCUAUAGCACCCUACAGAAUGGCUCCUGCUGAGCUAGUGGAAUUGAAGAAACAAAUUGAAGAGCUGCUAGAAAAAUAG